UUUUAUUGAAGCGAGAACUCGACUCAUCGAAGUAUGCACCUUACUUUUUUCUUCGGACAGGGCUGGAAAUCAUGCUUGGAAAGAGCAAAAACAUCGAGGAUGGAGUGAAGUUUCUUUUUCCUAGUUUUUGGAUUACUUUCAGCGCCUGUUUAGUUGGUGUUCGCUGUCAGGAGGGUAACGGUUGUGGACAUGCACUGCUGGGAACAGAGUCGGGCACCAUAGCCUCUCCCAACUACCCAGGCACCUAUCCCAGUAACGCCUGGUGCAAAUGGAGGCUCCAUGUGGAAGAGGGCCGGACGCUGCGCCUGCUGUUUGGAGACUUUGACAUUGAGAGCAGCCCGGGCUGCAGAAACGGGUCUAUAGUGAUCACGGGCAAGAGCGGAGAACGGAGAGUUGGCCCAGUGUGUGGGAAGAUUAAUGCAACUAUGAAGAAUGUGACCCUUGAAACCAACGAAGUGACGAUAACCUUCAUGUCUGGCCCACACCGCUCUGGACGAGGUUUUCUGCUGUCUUAUGCAACAGACCAGCAUCCAGAUCUGAUUACUUGUUUACAGAGAGGAUCCCAUUUUAGCUUUCAGCAUUUAACUGUGUACUGCCCAGCUGGAUGCAAGAAUGUUCCGGGGGACAUCUGGGGAAACUCUGAGCAGGGUUACAGAGAUACGUCGGUCUUGUGCAAGUCUGCGGUCCAUGGUGGAGCCACAUCUGAUACUUUGGGAGGUCGGGUCACUGUGAGUCAAGGGAGAAGUCUUACCUUCUAUGAAUCCACCUUCGCCAAUGGAAUCCUCUCUAAAAUGGGGUCAUUAUCUGAGAAGAAGCUGCUAUUUAGCAGAGAAUGUAACAACAUCCUGGCUGUCUCUGCCCUAAAUACAUCGUCUUUCUGGGACAAAAACAGUCAGGAGCACACAGUGUUCUCGUCCUCCAGAAACACAGAGUCAAGCCAUGACUUCCUGCCCUGGACAGCAGACAGCGGGGAUCCCAACCCAUGGGUGGAGAUCGCGCUAGCUGAAAGGAGCACUCUGACAGGAUUAGUGACAACAGGAUCAUCAGUGGACUACAUAGAAUCAUACAGUCUGCAAUCCAGCAAGGACAGAAAGAGCUGGAAGACUUACAGAGAUGCUGUCAGCAAAGAAAAAAAGGUGUUUCAGGCAUACACAGAUGGCCACCUCAGGGUGCUGAACAACCUGUUUCCUGCAGUUGUUGCUCGAUUUGUUCGGCUUCAGCCGCUGAACUGGCAUGGAAGAGCAUCUGCUCAAGUUCAGCUUCUGGGCUGCCCCGCUGCGAAGGUCACACCGAGGUCACGGCCUCCCGGAGAAUCUCCAUCCAUCGAAUAUAACAUGGAUACCCUGAACCCGAGCCCCUCACCCACCCCUUCAGAGAAAACUCUGCUUGUAGAAACAAUAGGUCCCAGUCAGCCAGUGAUGGUAGCAGUGGGAGUGGUCCUGGGUCUGGUGACGUGUGGGAGUUGUUUAUUGGCUGGAAUCUGGUGGAAACGAAGGAAACAAGACUCCCAAAUGAAGAACUCUUUACCCACAGUUGGCUGCCAGACUUUUAAGACAAAGAGUCUCUCGCGUCCACCGUCGGAGCUGAUCUCCUACCCGCUGGUGCGAAAUGUGCAUGAUGCUCUACCGAGCCCCCCUGUUAACGACUAUGCGGCUCCUGCCAUUACAGCUGUUGGACAGAAGGUUGGUUCUACAUUCAGACCCUCUUCAGAUGAAGGCUACACCACCCCUUUCACCUGCGCCCAUUACGACUCGCCUGGCAACCUUCCAGAGUAUGCCGAACCGCUUCCUCCGGAGCCUGAGUACGCCACUCCUUUUAGCGAGCUGCCCCCUGAGCAUAAACCACCCACCUUGAUGGGGUUACUUCGAAGCAGUACACACAGACCUCCUGCUUCCUCCGAUCCCAGUCAGUAUGACUGCCCUUCACACAGGGUACUGUUUAAUGGCUACUGCACCCCUGCUCUGCGUGCCAGUGGCCCUCGACCUGCCAGUGAAGUCUAUGCAGAGCCAAAGUCAAGUGACUCCUUAGUACUGAAGCACACAUAUGAGGAGCCCUUGUGAAGGCAAGAAGCUCAGAUGUGGAGGACAGAUCUAUUUGGACCCUUUCUAAUAUCUUAAGAGGACAUUAACCUGGAGCGUGUUCCCCAGGAUGAACUACAGCUGACGUGUCAGUGAGAGAUGUUAAAGGACAUCAGGAGUCACUGUAGACCCCCACCCCCCAUAAUUAAAGAGGAUAUCUGGGUGGACCAGUCAGAACAUAUGAAGAUCUAAGAGUCAUGUGGACCAAAAUAUUUCCUUACAGGAAGUAUGUACAUGUCCAGUUUUUAUUUCAUAUAAUCCACAAAGAAACUACAGGUUUGAUUGUGUCUGAGAGAUACAGUCUGCCAAUGAGACACACCUGUCUUUUUAGAAAGGUUUUAUACAGUAGACUCUUUAAGAAACAGUUAUUGGUAUACUGGUUAGGAGCUUUGACUAAAUAUAACCACUAGGUGGCUCUUGUGAGCUUCAGACCUCUAAUGAUAAUAAACUAUUAUAAACUUUG